AUGCUUGGCAAAAGAACCCAUCCCAUGAUCGGAAAGAUAUCCGAGCUCCUCGUCGGCGUCAACCGAUCUGCGGCAGCUGCUGCUCCUUUCUUCGACGUCUUGAUGACUAGCCCUAAAAGCCCACUCGAUUUCAAGAUUCUCCCUCAGAUAUCUCAAAGAAACAGCUCAAAGAGAUUCUACGAUGACAAUCUUGGUGGGUCCGUUGGUCUAGGGAUUGUUGCCGCACUCGAGAACUCAACCACUCGUCGAAUCACGAGCGUAUGUAGAUCGGAACCGAACCAAUCCGGUCAGUCUGAUCCAGCUCAGCUCAUGAGCCAUGGAGGAAGCACGGACGAGGAUGAAGACGAAGAAAUGUUCGCAAUGGACGAGGAGGAUUAUACGUUGGUGACGUGUCACCAUGGACCUAGUGGAUCUUGUAGUACAAGGGUUUACGAUAGAGAUGGACUUGAGUGUUUCGCAAGUAAGACCAACGAAGAUCAUAGGAAGAGACUUUUCGUGGUCGAUGCUGGUGUGGAGUCUCCAGAGAAUUCGCCGGCGUUUCAGGGUUUGGGUUUCCUCAAUUCGUGUUACUUAUGCAGAAAGAAACUUCAUGGUCAAGAUAUAUUUAUUUACAGAGGAGAAAAAGCCUUUUGCAGCACGGAGUGUCGAUCGAGUCAUAUAGCGAAUGACGAAAGGAAAGAGAGGUGUAGAUCGAAAUUUUCAACCUCUCCUUACACCGCCGGCCAAAUUUUCUCCACCGGAGUUCUAGUGACUUAG